UUACAGAUUCCGAUUGAUAGUUUCUAUUAUAAGUUAUGGCUUCUGUACCAGAUCAAUCGAUACUCGAUGCUUUGAAAGGAUACUUAGUUGAACAUUCCAAACAACCAACCCCACGUCUUGUUAAAAUUUACAUAUCAAGCACUAAACAAGAAUUCAAAGAAGAACGUAAAGUUUUACUUGAAGUCAUUGGACCGGAAUUGCAAUCGAUUUAUGAUGACAGACAAAUUGAGAUUGAAUUUGUGGAUAUGCACUUUGGCACGGGGCUGACAUACACAACAAUUGAUUUAGAUCCUUAUGUUCUCUAUGACCAUUUAAAUGAAAUCAGAGCAUGUCAACGAACAUCUAGGAGUAUAUUUUUCAUUUCAUUAAUUGGCAACAGUUUGGGCGAAUUUUGCUUGCCGACCGAGAUACGGACGAAUAUCUUUAAUGAAAUAAUUAAUCUACUGACAUCAGAUGAGACUGAAUUGAUGAAAAAUUGUUAUAAAAACGAUAGCAAUGCUGGCGUUCAUUAUCUUCACACAAACUUUAGAAACUUGAAAUCGGAUGAUUGGAUAGCACGUAGCAAUAAGCUACGGGAAAUAUUCGAAAAGAAAAUUGAAAUUCUCUACGCGAGAAAUCCUCAAAGUGAAAGCUUAAAAGAGUAUUGUGAAAGAAUUGUUGAGAAGGAAAUAAAAGUUGCAUGUGAAUAUUCAUCUGACAACAUAUUGGCAUUGUUUAGGAACUGGAAAAACCAACAUACGUCAAAGGAUGUUGAAAUAAUUAGAAAUUUAUUGGUAGAGAAACUUCCAAACGACAAUCAUGCAACUUUAGAGGUUGAAUAUUACAACAAUGACUCAGUUGAUACUGAAAAUCACGAGUCUCACGAAGAGUAUUUAGCAGUUUUUAAACGAAUCUUAAUAGAGAAACUAAGACAAUGCAUCGACAAAGGACUUGCGCACGAUCCCGAUGGAGGAAAAGGCAAAAGGAAAACAGUUCAGCAUGCCGUACAUCUUUCGUUUCUAAAUGAGCUUUUGAUGUCGAAGAGUUUUAUAUCAUCAGAUGUGCCUGACAAAAUAGAAUCUCAUAUCAAAUUGAAUUAUCGUAAUGGAGCACGGCACGCGCCAUAUUUUAUCUACGGUGAUCACGGGAGUGGAAAAAGUUCACUAAUGUCGAAGUUGUACAUGGAAUGCAUAAAAUGGUUCACAAGUCCGAAUGUUAAAGUUCAUCGAUUGAUCCGUUUCGCUAAAGCGACACCACGUUCCGCAUACAAUUUGGAAUUGCUUCGUGUUAUUUGCCAACAAAUUUCAAUCAUACUCAACAUACCGGAAGGAUAUCUGCCAAAAGACGCAUCAUUUGAGCCAUUGUACAUUAACAAUUGGUUUCAGAAUUUAAUAAAGAGAUGCGAAGAUAUGAACAAUGAAGUUCUUUUCAUUUUCAUCGAUGAUCUCCACAAAAUCAAUCCACUCGAUUGCGACAUUGUUGCGGCAUUUUCAUGGCUUCCGAUAAGCCUCCCAUGGAAUGUGUUUUUAGUCUGUUCAACUCUCUCAUUUGACGUGCUUAAGUUGAGUCCCAUUCAAAAGGAACGUUUCAAGAAUUCUGAAUUUCUUUACGAUUUAUCAACACCACAAUAUAAAACAAGUCUCGUGAAAGAUAUCGAAAGCGAAACGUUUAAUGAUUAUGUAAAUCGAAAUUUUGAUUGUUUGGAAGAACGCUACGGAACGAAAGGAAUUGCAAAAUUUUCUACCUACUUGAACAGCACUGAGUAUGGCUUAACGGAAACGGAAUUUCUUGAGCUAUUGAUGCCAAUUCAAGAUUCAGAUGCGACACUUGAAACUCAUUGUGGUGAAUUCAAUUUUUCAUCAUUUUGCACCAUACGAUAUGAUAUGAAGCCAUUAAUUCGUGAAAAGCUGAUGUCAGGAAAGUUGCUAAUUGAGUGGCGUCACGACUUAUGUGUUGACAUAUCUAAGAAGCGUUAUAUUAAUGAUCAGGAAGUGAUGCGUUCAGCUCAUGGAGAGAUUGUCAGCUUGUUCUUUCCUCAAGAAACAUCAGAUGAAAGUGAUGAAAUCAACAGUGAAACAAGUGAGAAGUCGAGUAGGUACAAAAUUGUUUACUUAAACAUUCAAAAGAAAUCUAUUUUAAUAGCUAACAAUAAACCUCAUCAUUGCGACGAGACAUCAACAAUAUCAACACAACAACCUGUACCUGGUUCUGACAUCUCGUAUUCCAUUCGGCACGUGGAAGAAUCAUGGCAUCAUUUAAUAAAGUCAGAUGACAGCAAAAAGUUGAAAGAGAUUGCUGUGUGCAAUUUUGAUUUUCUCCUUGCAGCUGUUCAAACUGUAUCAAUUAGCUAUCUUCGGUGUCUCAUCGAGCACGUACGAUGUUACAUUUUAGAUCGUGAUAUCGAACUUGUUUAUUAUACAAUCAGAAAGUCAAGCGACGUUCUUACGCGAGAUCCAAUGCAGCUUGGUGCUCAGCUCAUAUCAUGGUUGCGGACAGUUUCGACAUAUGAAGGUGAAAAUUCACUUCUCGGAAUCACUGUUCGCUCUGCAACUGCUUGGUGUGAUGGCUACACAGUUCCAUUGUUGGUUCCAUUAACGGGUUGGCUGCCAGUUCCACUUCCAUCACAAAUACGAUGCAUGACUGUUCCUGGUGGGCCAAUAACACAUUUUGAAGUGUCUCCAUGUAAGCAAUAUUUGGUAAUUGCUAGAAAAACUGGCGAUCCACAACUGUGGCAUAUCAUGAGUAAUCGAAACAUCGGAACGUUUAAAGGACAUAGUGGCUCGAUAACAUGCAUGAUGGUGCCUAAAAAUACGAAUCACUUGAUGACCGGAUCGGAAGAUACAAGCGUCAUAGUGUGGGACAUUAAAACACAAGCUGUCAAGACAAGAUUGUGGUUGCAUAUUGCCGCUGUUAUGUGUGUAACAAGUGCCAUGAACAAUACUCUAGUGGUAAUGAAAAUUGAUCAUCAUCGCGGACCAGUGGUUUGUGUAGCGAUAAGUUCAACAAGCGAGGUUUUGGUAUCAGGCAGCACAGAUGGAACUAUUUGCUUAUGGUCGUUGGAAACCUACGAGCUUCUUAAUUUACUUCAAUUUAACAGUCCCGUUCUUAACUUUAGAUUGUCGCCCGAUUCUAUUUUUCUUCUUGCUCAUUGUGAAGACAACGGUCUAUAUUUACGAACUCUCGCAACCGGAACAGAAUUACAUCAACUCAAAGGUCACAAAUCUAAGGUUUUGGCUUUUAGCAUAGCUGCUGAUAGUCAACGAGCAAUUGUUGGUUGUGAAGACACGAAAGCUUUAAUCUUCGACAUGUGUUCAGGCAAAAUUAUAAGAACGAUGCCACCAAAUCCAGGGCCAGUGUCAGCUAUUUUCGUGAUGGCCAAAGAUGACUAUCUAAUAACAGCAGGUGGCAACAAAAUAACAUUCUAUUCAUUUCGAAAUGAAGAUUCCAUGGUUAAUUACUAUCCAAAGAAGAAGGAAAAACGUAAAAAUCGGAAGCAAUUGGUGUCAACGAAUCGUCUCAAUUUGAAUUCAAAUAAUCAUCCAAUUUGCUGCUUUGAUAUCUCACGAGAUUCAACGAUGGCUGCAGUAGCAAUUCAGCGUGGCAUUCAAAUAUGGCAGUUGAAUACACCGGAACUGGCAAAGACAUUCGAAGGACACACAGCGAUCAUAACUUGCAUUCAUUUUGCGCCCAAUUGUGAACUCGUCGCCACCGGGUCAGAAGACAAAAGUGUCUUGGUUUGGGGCCUUCAAUUUGGCAUUCUUCAAACUACCUUCAAAGCUCAUAAUGCUGCGAUAAGUUGUCUCGUCGUUAUGAUGGACUCCCGUCGAAUUGUUUCAUCAGAUCGUGAUGGUUAUUCUCAUGUUUGGCUCGCUGAUAAUGGAACAAUUCUUCAAACUGUUCAGGGACCACAUAAAUGUCUCGCUGUCACGAACAACAUGAAAUUUGCUAUGAGUACUAACGGCGAUAACAGUUUAAGGAUAUGGUCACUGACGCGUGAAGACGAGAAAUAUCACGUUAGUCACACCGAUGAAAUAACUUGCUUUGUUAUAACAGCCGACUCGCUUUACGUUAUCACGGGAUCGCGUGACAUGUCAUUGAAGGUGUGGCAGGCAACAGGCGGCAAAUUGGCACAGGUUCUUGUUGGUCAUUCCGAUGCUGUUUUGACAGUCGCUGUUUCGGUGACGAAUAAAAGUCAAGUGAUAUCUGGUUCGAAGGAUUGUAAUUUGAUUGUGUGGGAUUUACAUACAGGAGAAGAGAUUCAUACACUGGCUGGUCAUUUGGGGCCUGUGACAUGUGUCCGAGUGUCAGCUGAUGGUACGACAGCAGUCUCUGGUAGUGAUGAUAAAACGAUCAUUGUCUGGGAAACUUUAAGAGGAUUAGCUUUGACGUCACUUCAACUUCACGUGCAAUUUACUCGCUUCGAUAUUUCUUUGGAAUGUUCACGAAUUCUUGUUCACUUAACUGACAAUCCCUCAUUCCCUAUCAUCUGCUUACAUAACUCCCCAGCACAAUAUAUCAAGCUUCCGACAUAUUCAGCACCAGCUAGAGAUGUUGAAGAUUUGCGACCCGCUGCAGCUAAACGACCAGCUAGAAGACUUUUAAAGAAGGAAUUGUCACUCGACACGUAUUCAUGGCAAAAGAAGUAUGCCCACUUGACAUCAUCUGUCAUGAUGGCUCAAGUUGACGAGAGACUCAAACGACGAUUUUCUGUGUCAACAAGUAUGGAAGAAAUUUCAAAAAUAGCUGAAAUGAAGAGUAUCGGAUCACAGCAGAACAUUGGUAAUCCUGAGCAAGCGGCUUUGGCACAAUCACAACACUUCGAUCAACUUGAAGCCUUGUGGAACAAACGUUCCCCACCACGACGCCGUUUAAAUCAGUCAUUAUCGAGACAUUCAUCGCUUGCUGAAGAUCGAAUCAAUUCAUCAGAUGAAGAUGAAUUUUUGGAAGAACGAUCUGGAGGUACGUAUCCAGGAGUUUCCAUUCGUCCCCAUUCAUUCCCGCAUAAGUAAAAGCCUUUGGUGUAUGCUGUAGCAAUCUUCAAAUGACUACUGAUGUGGAAAAUAGAUGGAUGAGAAGAAUAACACGGGAUUUUAUGCUUAACAUGAUUUUUCGUCUUCACAUUCUGAUAUUUGUUUAUAUAUUUAUUUCUCUUGAGCUACCAAGAAGUCUUUCUGAUGGUUCUUUUUUUUCCUUUCAUCUACAUAAAUAAUUUUGGAAAAUGUAAA